GGCCAAAAUGAAGAACUAUGAGGCACAGAAUAAGGAUGAAAGUGGUAGUGCAAUAAUUGAUGGAUAUUCAUUUGUUAUGUCAAAAGAGGUUGAUGGUCGUCCGAUAAUGUGUGGCAGAGGUGUGACCAAGAAAGAUAUCUCCAAAGUGAAAGAUAAUCCACAAUCACAUGUUGCGACUCCAAAUGACAUGGACACCGUAAUAAGUGAUUUGAGAAAAGAGAUUGAAUUAGUAAAUGAGAAGAAGAAUGCUGAAAUGGAACAAAUGCGCAAGGAACGUGACGCUGAAAAACGAAAGAUGGAUUUAAUUUUGUCAAAACUUGCUACUUUGAUUCCAGAUCUCGAUUCUGCUUUACUUGAACUAUAGAUUGGUCUGAAAGACACGCCAGACAUAGGGAAGCACCAUAGACAUGGCCAGUGGUGAAGAUUGCAGUUUACUAGCGGCACUAGAAUUUUAUAGAUUAGUUGGAUAUUCUUUUUGUCUAUUUUUUGUUGAGCACGUUUGACAAUUUUUUUUGGGUACUUCGACAUUAUGAUGGAUUAUUUGAAGAUAUUAUUAAGUUUUAUUUGAAUAAAAUAUUCCUCCAAG